GUUUUGACGUUUGCAGCGCGCCUGAAGUGACUCAUUUUGCGGAAGGAUAUCGCAAAGAGGGAGUGGCUGGUGUGAAAGCUAGUCUCAGACCUAGUAUUUGUAAAUGGUGUGAACGCGCAUAACCGUCUCAGACCUGGUAUUUGUGUGCUGUGUGCGUUUAGCGGUUUUUCCCCGGGAUUAUUCAAUUUCUCGAUUCGUUUUGUGCUCGCCUUCACGGAUUAUAUUUUAGACAUUUUUUGACCAUGGGACAUGUCGGAUUAUAUCGGUUAGUGUGUCUCUCCGCGUGGUUUAUACUCAAAGCUGCUGCUGAAUCAAUGGUGAUUACGCCUUCUAAAUUGGUGGUGAAGUAUGGAGAUGCUGCUUCAGCUACCUGUUCCACUACCGAACAGAAACAUGGAGGAAUGGGCUGGGAAGCUUCAGAGGGAGGUGUGGAUAUUGUUGAGGGUGUCCAGCAGGUCACCUGGGCAGUGCCAAACAUUACACAUUGGGACUUAAAGCCAAUUUGCUACAUGAUCUCUGAAAAUGUUGAACAAUUGGUAAAGGAACUCAACAUUGUUAUUUACAAGCUUCCAGAUUCUAUCGAUGUGAAGAAAUGCUCAGAGCCACUAAACGAAGGGGAGACCUGUACGCUUCAGUGUGAUAUUAAAAGUGUUGCUCCGGUUAAAAACCUUCAAGUCAUGUGGUACAAACAACAGGUUGUUCUGGAAAAUGUCACCUUUAAUGAAAAUACUAUGAGUCCAGUUGAGAAACAUUUGAACAGAUCAAUCCAGGCCAGCAGAAAUGAUGAUGGAGCUGAGUAUUGGUGUGAAGCAAAGCUGGAACUGGGACCAGAGGGACCACAGCCUCCUCCUACAAAGAAAUCGGAACCUCGCAGGAUUACAGUACACUACAAGCCACGGUUUGCUAAUGAUACAGAGACCAUAGAAGCAGGAAAUACCACUUUAAAUUGUACUGUCAAAGCAAAUCCCCCUCCUGUGUACACUUGGGAGGCGCCACAUUUGGAUGAGACAUUUUACGGCCCCACAUUAUCCGUUACUUAUCCAGGAAACUACAAAUGCACUGCAUCAAACCAACGUGGCAACGCAACGAAACUUUUUAUCGUCAAACCUUAUCCCAACACCGUUUUUUUAGUUUGUCUGUUGAUCGGAAUAUUUGUAGCUCUUGUGCUGAUUGCAGCAGUCAUAUUCACACACUGGAAAAGAAAGCAAGGAAGGGCGGCUAACAACAGCAUCCCAUCUCCAGCAGAUCAGAAAGAGGAAGAUGUAGAGUUAGUUAAAAAAUAAGCUCAAUUAGAAUGCAUGCUCUUUUGUUUUCUGGUGCUCCAGGACCGUUUGCUCUACACUGAUGCUAAAUCUUAUACAGCAAUGAGUGGCAAAGGGUUUCUGAGUUAUGGUUUCAGAAAUGUUUCUUUUGUAGGUUUUUUGUCUGUUUUUAAUGUGACUGUGAUUACUGAAGGUUUAGACAAACAUAGGUUUGAAACCCUGCAUUUUGCCUAAUGACUGGAAUUAAUAUUUCGGUUAAACCUUCAUUUUUACUCAUUUCAUUUAUGUUUUAUUUAUCUCUGAUAUAUUUGGUUCAUAUGCAUUUCCCUUUUCUAGUUCUAGUUCACGUUGUUAUUUUGGUACAUAAUUUAGCAUAGCCACACGAGGAUGUGCUGUUGGACUGAUUGACUCAUUGUGACCGAAUUGUUUAAACAUUUCACUAUCAUGACCUGUUACUAGAGUUGGAAUUGUGUUUGUAGCGAUCACGGACAAGCAGAGUGAAACACAAUUAAAUGUCUCUAAAUAUCAACAUUCUUGGUACAUCGCUUGUCCAAUCAGUGUAACGGUGCGGAUUUUUAAAUGUUAGACAUAUACAUUUGAUUAUCUUCAUUGAUACAUUUGAUCCUUAUGUACAUAUGUGUAUGUAUUAUUUUUAUUUUUGUGUACUCUAUAUGGACAAAAGUAUUAGGACACCGGACUUGUGUGGUUCUUCUCUGAACUGUUCUCACAAAUUUAAAGGCCUUUUGUAUGUUUUUGGAUGUGAUGGCUUUCUAUUUUCCAAACUCAUUCUUGUGUAUAAUGUGAGCACCAUAUUAAGAUUUGGCUUACAAAGGAUGCGAUCACAACCCUAUUGAGCACCUUUGGGAUGUGUUGGAACGUUAUGGUCAGGUGUCCACACACUUUUGCCCGCAUAGUGUAGUAUGUUGUAUGUUGAAAGUUUAAAUAUACUGUGCAUUUUUAUAUACCGUAUUUUCCGGACUAUAAGACGCUACUUUUUUCCCACGCUAUGAACCCUGCGGCUUAAACAAUGAAGCGGCUAAUAUAUGGAUUUUUCCUGGGUUUUUCCCUGUUUUCCAAGCUUUAAGCCAAAGACUGAGCCCCAUAACACUAGACCAAUGAAAUUGCCGAACGGGUUCAAGUGAACCAAUUAAACUCUUUAUAUUAAAUCAGCUACGACGAUACCAAAAGAUAACGCACGACGAUACCAAAAGAUAAACUCCCGAGAGAAAUAGUUGUGAACGGAAGGAGGAAGACAGUGAACAAUGACUUUCUUGGUAGGCUACUGUUUAGAUACAAGUCGUGUUACAGGCACUGUCUUUUGUUAAAACCCGUGUAAAGUUCAUUAGUUUCAAUGUAGACAUUAUAGACAGGUGCGGCUUAUUUAUGUUCAAAAUAAAAAUGCCUCAAGCUGUGAUACAGUGUGUGUUUUUGCUCUUUUUUCUCACAGUUAUUUAAUCAUAAUACUGGCUAUAAUUUUAAAAAGCCCGCUUUCAGCUAUGGAUUUGUGCUACAGUAGCUCUGUUGUGGGUUUUCAGCAGGCGUACUAGCAGGUGUAAACCCACAUACAUUAAUGACCCUCAGGCAAACAUGCGAUUGUCACUGGUUGACCAGUAGUCUUACUUUUGACCACUUAUAUUAACCGCUGCCCACAAGACCUAACAAGGUUUCCCAUCAUCUUUUAGUGGUUUUAAUAGUAUGGCUGAUCUGCAAAGUUUUUUUUAACACAAACAUUUUCGUUUGAGAACGCUUCACUUCACAAGAACGAAGCUGUAAAAGUCAUUUAAUUUUGUGCAAUUGCAAACAGACUCAAGUUAGUUUUACACAGACUGCAUUUUUUCACUGGAAUUGCAUUAAAUGACGAAGAACCACAUUUUUAUUAUAAUGAGACUGUCUCAUCUAAGGGAGUUUUUCCUUGCCACAGUCGCCAUGACUGUUCAUCAGGGAUAAAUACACACCGUUCACCUUAACUGUUGAUUUCUGUAAAGUUGUUUUGAGACAAUGUCUGUUGUGAAAAGCACUAUAGAAUUCAAUUUGACUUGACUAGAUUUUAUCGUUUGUGUUCUAGUAUGUGGUAGAAGUCUGGAGCAAUUUUUUGGUGCUGUUUUUGAUCUUAAUUUUUGCCCUGUGCAUGAUCACUUAAAUGAGCAGAUGUGAAUUAUGUAUCCUAUAUUAUGCGGCUUUAUAAAUGAAAUUUGUGUAGCAAAAUGAUUUUACAUUGUACAUUGUAAUUUACUGUAUUACAGUUAAAACAUGUAAUGCAUUGUAUUUCAUUGUCUGUGUGUGUAAUGAAUAAUGCAUUGUACUAACUACUUGCUUCGGUCUACAGUAAAAGCUGGAGAAUAUGAGUAUGUGCAUCGGAUUGGAGUAUAGUAUUACUCUUAUUAUUACUAUAGAAUGAUAUCACUAUAUAAGUGCAAACAAUAGGACUGAAGUUUGCUGCUGCCUUUUGCGCAUUUGCAAUAAAAAUACCGCAAAGAAUCUCAAAAUC